AGCCCAUGUGAAUAGAAUGGCCGACCCUUUCAGAAACUGCUGCUCUGGCUGUCAUGUGCAGUGUGAUUUUUGGACGUGUGAAUUAGUUAUGUGAGGGCUGGUGUGUUAAUGGAGUGCAGGUUGGUGGGGAGUAUAAGUGAUAAAGAUAAUCUUAACAUGUAAGUGAUAGUGAUUAUACUUUGUUGUAUACCCAUUGUUGUAUAUAUUACCUACCAACUUGUUAUGGACUGGAUUAUUCUGUCCACAUUGAUGAUCACUAACCAAAUGGGAAGAAUAGUUAGCCAACCUCACAGGAGUCUGACAUUUUAAAGCUAAAAAAAGUAAUGUCCUGUAGCAAAAUGUAGACUAGUAUCUCAGUGGAGUGUAAAAGAUGGGGGUAUGGUAGGUCAAAUCGGUGUCACAAAGGAUUCUGGGAGAUGAAGGCGGUUGAGACAUCUUAUGGCCGAAAGGGGCUCGAGGGGACAAGGCCUGGUUGGGCAGAGACACCUGCGUACUUCGCUUUGGUCUCAGACCAUGAACCUGGUGGGCCAGCUGGCGGAGACGGUGUUCGUGACGGUGAAGGAGCUCUACCGAGGCCUUAACCCCGCCACGCUGACCGGGGGCAUCGAUGUCAUCGUCGUGCGCCAACCCGACGGCUCGUACCAGUGCUCCCCUUUCCACGUGCGCUUCGGCAAACUGGGCGUGCUGCGUUCAAAGGAGAAAGUGGUGGACAUCGAGAUCAAUGGAGAGCCAGUUAACCUUCACAUGAAACUAGGGGACAAUGGAGAAGCAUUCUUCGUGGAGGAAAAUGAGGACAUGGAGUUCAUAGUGCCGGCCCACCUUUGCACCUCCCCGAUCCCCAUGGAGCUCCCUGAGCUAGGGGGGGAGGAGAACGGCGAGGUGGCCCCCGUCGGUGGCGGGGCACAGCCGCCCCGCAGGAAGAAGAGACGUCGGAAACGCUUCCGCUCCGACUCCCACCUGAGAGAGGAGGGCGGCUCCUCCUCAGAAGAGCGGGAGAGGGAGCAGAACGAGCAGGAAAGCCCUGCCAAGGAGCAGUAUGUCAGUCAACUGCAACUCAGUAAGUCCAUCUAUUUCUCGAUAUCCGAGGAGCCAGGAUCCACGCAGACCCGAGAGGUUCACCCCCACUCAGAAGGAGAGUGUUCCCCCCCUGAAUGUGUGUUUUACAGUCGCUCGUCCUCUCCUAAGAGUGACUCUGAGCUUGUGGUGAAACCCCAGGAGUCUUCUGGCCCUCAGAUGCAGUGGAACUGGGGUGGUUUCCCCAAGGUCCGUCAGUCAGAGAGAUCCCUUGCGGAGUCGCAUCGCGUUUCCACUUUAGGCCACUCCAAUUUCCGCACAAUUGAGAGGCAGGAUUCCUUCGACGACGACGACGACGACGACGUCCAAACCACCAUUCACUGUAGCCGGGCUGGAAGUGUGACUGUGGUGAGGCCGCUAGCCAGGACUAUGUCCCUAGACCUUGAUCUCUUUUCCCCACAUUCGUCCAUGCCAACACUGGAUAUAACCCCUCUUAUAACCCACUCCACCCCUAAUGGACUGCAUGACACUCCAGCCUCGUUAGCCCCGGUUAGCAUGGACACUCCUUUGGAACAACUCGGUAACAACUCAUUAACUCAGACGGACAGCUGUGAGGCAGAGAAGACGUUAGCGGAGGGAUGCCCAUCCGAUGCAGAGCGAGAGGACCAAAGAACCUCCCCGAUUGAGUCGACUGACUCUUCUGAACUCGCCCGGCCUGAAAACGGCCAAUCCAAAGAUGAAACCACAUCCGUUGCGGUGUGUGAGAUCCCUCCGACUGGUAGCAUUGGCUCUGUAAGACAGAACUGUCCAGAGAGAAAGGCCUGUACUGCCGUCACGGACACACUAGCCAGCGACGAAAUGAUCAACACAUCCACUGGCAGGUCUAUAUCUGUCACAGCCCAAAACAGUAGGGUAGAGUUAUUGGGUAGCACAGACAUUUUAGAGCAGCACAGCGCCAUGGUUGAGCCCAGCGAAAUGGGUGCCAUGAUUACUAUUUCUGGCGGCAAUGACGACUGUACGGAGGCACAUGAAGAGGGUGCGUCAACUUUGACCGACAGAGAAGCAGAAGGCCUCCUAUUAACAAAUCAAACGGCAGAAAUUCCUCAAGAUUCCACCAAAGCAGAUAAACAGGACAGGAAAAAAGCAGGUAAACGCAGUCAACACCUGGGACCAACAGGCAUCUACCUGGAUGAUCUGACCACGCUGGAGCCUGAAGUAGCUGCACUAUACUUCCCCAAAAGCGAAAUGGAGGCAACAUCCCGCUCUGGGGCCGACCAGGGGUCCACCUCGGGGACCCAGUCCCCCCAGUCGGUGGGCAGCGGGGCCAUGGACAGCGGCGCAGAGUACCUGUCGGACUCCACCACGGACCCCAUGGACGUCAGCAUGUCCCUCUGUGGCUGCGUGGGAGACACCAGCAGCAUCAGCCAAGAAAAGUUUAAAGAGCAUAUUGUGACCUUCAAAGACUUCUUAAAGAACCCAGGGAUCAUUGAGGACCCCAACCUGGUGAUCUGCAUCAACUCUCAGUACUAUAACUGGGCCGUAGCAGCUCCAAUGAUUUUGUCAAAGCAAGCCUUCCAGAAGAAUCUUCCAAAGAGUGCUGUGGACCGGCUAGUGAAGGACAAGAUGCCAAAGAAGUCUGGCCGCUGGUGGUUCUCCUGGAGGAGACGGGACAUGGACAACAACCAGCCAAAGCCCUCAACGCAGGAACAAGAGGUGUCCCUCUCUGCCUCCCCAACAAUAAAGGCAACCCUGGAUGACAUGUUCAGUGACGAGGAGGCGGGGCUUGGUCGACAAGCCGUCAUGCCAACAGACAGCCAAUCAUCGGACAGCAUGAGCACCUGCCAGUGUAUCAGCCAGAUGUACAAGAAGUCCCUACGCCUCACCUCUGAGCAAAUAGAGCGUUUAAAUUUGCGGGACGGGGCCAACCAGGUAGUGUUCAGCGUGACCACCCAAUACCAGGGCACCUGUCGCUGUGAGGCCGCCAUCUACCUGUGGAACUGGGACGACCGCGUCAUCAUCUCCGACAUCGACGGAACCAUCACCAAGUCUGAUGCACUCGGCCACAUCCUGCCUCAGUUUGGUAAAGACUGGACACACCAAGGCAUCGCCAAACUAUACCACAAAAUACACAAAAAUGGCUAUAAGUUCCUGUACUGUUCCGCCCGUGCCAUCGGUAUGGCUGCUAUCACCAAGGACUACCUGCGGUGGGUCAACGACAAAGGAACGGUUCUUCCUAAAGGCCCCGUCCUGCUAGCUCCCAGCAGUCUCUUCUCAGCGCUACACAGAGAGGUGAUUGAGAAGAAGCCUGAGGUGUUCAAGAUCGCCUGUCUAACUGACAUCAAAGACCUCUUCAACCCACAGCGACAGCCCUUCUAUGCAGCUUUUGGUAACAGGACCAAUGAUGCCUAUGCCUAUAAGCAAGUGGGCGUUCCCGACACCAGGAUCUUCACCAUCAACCCCAAAGGAGAGCUCACCCAGGAGAAGACCAAAGGAAACAAAUCCUCGUACAACCACCUCGGUGAGCUGGUGGAGCAUUUUUUCCCCAUGCUGUCUGUCCGGGGAAGCUCUGCAUCCGGCUUCGAGUGUCCCGAGUUCAGUCACUUCUCCUACUGGAGAGAGCCUCUGCCUCCCCUUGACCUAGAGGCCAUGCUGUGAGGGAGAUGUGCCCACUCGCAGUGCUCUCACCUGGGGCUGUGUCUUCCUCUGUCCUCCCUCUAUCCUAGUUUUUCUGUUGCAAGAAAUAUAGAGGAAUCUAUGUAACUUAUUUGUGGAUGCCGCAGAGCUGUUUAUUUAUAUAACAAUUGAUAUAUCUUUUUAACAAACAUAAUGCAACCCUGCAAAUGCAGGGAAUUUAUCAUAUUCACUAAUGACUGUUUCAUGAAAGACUGCUGUGCAAUACUGUUUACCCCUGACCUUUUUUAGGAUCUGUAUAAUGAUCAUAGAAAUGCACAAAAAACAUGUUUUUAACUGGUUUUCUUUCGAUUGAUGAACUGGACCUGCCCGUAGACAUUCCAAAGAAAUAUUAAGCAAAGACAGAAAUGAAAAAAGAAAAAUGGUGCCUUAAGGAUUUCAAAUAAAGCCCUGCCCAUCCUGGAAAAUUUUA